CUCCUAGUUCUGAGAUCACACAAACAACAACAAACAACAACAACAAUGCGCACACACACACACAUACACACACAAAUUGGAUACAUUUUGAAAAAGCUUUUGGUUCCUUAUCCGGGGACUAGGCUGGCUGGUGUGAUUGGACAAGGGAGUCACAUGGUGAAAGUAACUUUACGGGGUCGCCAGCUUGUAGGAGGGCUUUAUGGAGCAGAAAAACGACAAAGCGAGAAAAAUUAUUUUCCACUCCAGAAAUUAAUGAUCAUGAGCUCCUAUUUGAUGGACUCUAACUACAUCGAUCCGAAAUUUCCUCCAUGCGAGGAAUAUUCGCAAAAUAAUUACAUCCCAGACCACAGUCCGGAAUAUUACAGCCGGACAAGGGAGUCCAGCUUUCAGCAUCAUCACCAAGAAUUGUACCCACCACCAAGACCAAACUACCCAGAGCGCCAAUACAGCUGUGCCAAUAUUCAAGCUCCCGGCAACCCAGCCGCGCACCAAAGGGGACAUGGGCAAACUCAAGGAGGCCACCACCUCUCAGAGAAACCGCAGCAGCUCUGUGAGCAGACUGCUCUUUCCAGUUCCUCCACCUCUCCUUCCCCAGCCCCUCCAGCCUGCAACCAGCCAAACCCUGAGCAUCUUAACAGCACAGCUUCUAAGCAACCUAUAGUCUAUCCAUGGAUGAAAAAAAUCCACGUCAGUACUGUGAAUCCCAAUUACAAUGGAGGCGAGCCCAAACGUUCCAGGACUGCGUAUACAAGACAGCAGGUCUUGGAGUUGGAAAAGGAGUUUCACUAUAACAGGUACCUGACAAGGCGAAGGCGCAUCGAAAUAGCCCACUCCUUGUGUCUCUCGGAAAGGCAGAUCAAAAUCUGGUUUCAGAACAGGCGGAUGAAAUGGAAAAAAGACCACAGGCUGCCCAAUACCAAAGUCAGAUCCUCGACUCCAUCUAAUUCAUCGGCGGGCACCAUUGCUGCUGGUAACGCUGCCCCCAGCGAGGAACUAUCACCGGGUACAUCUCAGGAUCAGCGAGCAGAGGAUAUCACAAGGUUAUAAACAAUAUCACACACACACAAAAUUGACUCUGAUUAUUUAUAGAAUCUAAUAUAUAUAUAUAUAUUUUGGUUCUUUUCUUGUAGUUUUCCUGUGCGUAUAAAAAACAAUGAGGUCUUCUGUAAGACCACAGGCUUUAGAUGCAUGUAACAUAGCA